AUGUGGCUGACUCUCGACACUGUGCAACAGCAAAUGGUGAUGACAUUGGGUGCAUCCUCCAGCCUGGUUGUCAAAUACGCCGACACGGAGAAGGAGCGACAAAUAAGACGCAUGCAGCAAAUGGCCGGUCAUAUGAACCUAUUGAAUCCGUUUGUCUUUAAUCAAUUUGGACCGUACGGCGCCUACGCGCAGCAACAACAGCAAGCGGCUCUGAUGGCUGCCGCGGCAACGGCACCGGGCUCGGCAGCUGCCUAUAUGAAUCCAAUGGCUGCAUUGGCAACGCAAAUACCUCAUGGCCUCAAUGGCACCGGCCAGCCGCCGUCGCUGCCCUCGCCAACGAUGCCCAACUUCAAUAUGGGCGCCAAUACGCCCAAUGGCCAGCCCGGCGGGGCUGCAGCCGCCGCUGCUGCCGCUUCAGUUGCGGACGGUGUCUUCACGAAUGGCAUUCCACAAACGGCAUUCCCACAUCCGCUGCAUCUGACCAUACCACCACAAGGUUUGCCAAAUGGCGAUGCUGCUGCACUGCAACAUGCCUUCCCUGGUUUGCCACCAUUUCCAGGAGUUGCCUUUCCCGCCGUCUAUGGACAGUUUCCACAAGCUUUACCACCUCCCCUAGCGGCGGUUGCACCCACUCAGCGUGAAGAUUUUCUGAUGUUCCCAGGAUGUUCUAUAUCCGGUCCGGAGGGCUGCAAUCUAUUCAUCUAUCAUUUGCCGCAAGAAUUUGGUGAUGCAGAAUUAAUGCAAAUGUUCCUGCCAUUUGGCAAUGUGAUCAGCUCUAAGGUCUUCAUCGAUCGUGCUACAAAUCAGAGCAAAUGUUUCGGUUUUGUUUCAUUUGAUAACCCCACCAGCGCUCAAGCAGCCAUUCAGGCCAUGAAUGGCUUCCAGAUUGGCAUGAAAAGACUGAAAGUUCAAUUGAAGCGGCCAAAGGAUGCCAGUCGACCUUAUUAACAAUCGGAGUUCCUUAAGCGUAACUUACUUCAACAACAACAACAACAACAACUGCAACAACAACAACUGCAACAACAGCAACUGCA